GUAUCAAAUCCUACAAACCGAAUCUAAUAGAAUCCUAUAAAACGAAAGCGUCUCAUAGAAAUAUUGAAGAGCAUUGUGGUUGUACACACAGCUGGUGAACUAAAAACCAGAAUCUUGUUGCUAAUAAUCAGCGUAGUAAAAGAUGGGAAAUCAGAAGCAGAAGUGGACGGCUGAAGAAGAAGACGCGUUGCAACGUGGCGUCCAGAAGUACGGUGCCGGAAAGUGGAAGAACAUUCUCAGAGACCCUGAUUUCUCUCGUUCCCUCGCUAUCCGUUCCAACAUUGAUCUCAAGGAUAAAUGGCGGAAUUUAAAUGUUUGCCCUGGUCAAAGUUCUAAAGAUAAGUCUAGGACUCCCAAAAUCAAACCAUUGGUUCCUGCUCCUGCUUCACCUUCACUUGCUCCAUCUCCAGUUCCUACUCUGCCAAAUGUUACUCCUUCACCUCAAACUCAAACUCAGACUCAGGCUCCUACUCAGACUCCCACUCCCACUCCACAGCCUUCUCACAAUGAUGACGAUGCCAAAACUCAUCCAAAGUACAAUGCAAUGAUUUUCGAAGCUUUAUCAACAAUCAAAGAUACCAAUGGUUCUGACUUAAAUGCUAUUGUUAGCUUCAUUGAGCAAAAGCACAACUUCCCUCAAAAUCAAAAUUUCAGAAGGACGUUAGGUACAAAGUUAAGAAGGCUUGUCAGUCAAGGGAAACUUGAGAAGGUACAAAAUUGUUAUAAGAUAAAGGACACCACAGUGGUGACGAAGUCAGCUGAUGACCCAAAAUCACCUACAGCAAAAGAAAUGGAUUCGCCAGCAUCAUCUGGUAUUUCUAAAUAUGAUGAGGCAAUGAAGGAAGCUGCUGAAACUGUAGCCUACAGAAUUGCUGAUGCGGAGAAUAAGUCAUUUUUGGCUGCUGCUGCAGUCAAGGAGACGGAAAGAUAUGCAAAGUUUGUUGAGGAGAAUGAUGUAAUGUUAAAGUUUGCGGAAGAGCUUUUAGCAAAAUGCAAGCUUGGUGGAAGUGUCCGUUUUGCUUAAAUUGUUAAAUGUUUAGGCCUACAAUUUUUUUGUUUCUCUACAUGUAAAUUUAUCCAUAUCUUGUGUUACCUUUUUUGGAAUAAAAUUGGUUUACUUAGUUUUUAAGAAAAUGAUUAUUUUUAUAUAGGAGGCUGUAUUUUAAUCCAGUGACAUAAGUUGACAAGACUUGUUAAUAAAAUUAGUCGACUCAAGUUUGCUUAAAACUGAAUGCCAUGGUUACUGGUAAGCCAAAAACCAAGUGAUUUGAACAUAGUUUUUUCCAAUGUAAUUGCACAAAA